CGUUCUCAUCUCCAUCCUUCCAUCGCUCCCACCUCCACCUCCUCCACCACUGCCCAGUGACUUCACCCCCCCUCUCUCUUCUCUCUCCCUCAUCCAAACACACAGCUUGUGAUUGUGUCUGUGCCUAUCUCUCUCUCACUCUCUCUCCCUAUAUUGCCUAUAUGUACACGCACCCCAACGGUUCUCUCUUCUAUGUCUGUUUUUCCCCGUGACCUACUCUCUCUCUCUCUCUCUCUCUCUCUGAACUUAACACUGCUCAGUACUGUCUUUGGCUCCCUCGUUACAAUACUUUCCUUCACCAAAACCAAUUUGAUAUCUUCAAUACUGGGUUGGUUGUUGUUUCCGGGGGCUCUGGGAUUUUGGAACACUCUGUUUUAGAGUUUUUACUUGGCAGUGUCCUCAAAUUUUGGUUCCUGUUUCAAUAAGGGAAGUGAGGGAAUUUUUUUUACUACUUGGUUUAUUUAUUUUGUGUGGUUCUGGGGUGUUCCACUUCAAUUAUAUUCCUAUACUUCUUGGCUUUUUCCCCUCGUUUCUCAUUCAGUUCUAUUUCUUUUUUCAAAUAAACAAGGCCAACACCUUUUAUUCCCUGUACUUUUUGGGUUUAGGGUUUUGCAACUUUUUCCCUCUGCCAGUGGCUUCUCGCUUUACUCCCCACUUCUCAUCAGUCUGGGGAAAUAAAAUGAAGCAUGUUUCAUUGCUUUGAGCUUUUCCUGUACUUCUGGGUUUAAUCCUCUGAAACUCUUGAGCAUCUUUUUACGCUUUGUUCACUUGUUGUUCCUGAAUUCUGCAUGCUGACUCAAAUCUUUUUCUCACUGAUGCAUUUGGUGCUUUGAAUGACCUUCAAUAUCUAACCUGUUUCGAGCUUCUUCCAUUCACAAAUGUCUGCGUGUUUAAGCGGAGCUAGUGGAAGAACUUAUGGGUUCGAUUUCGAUUUUGUCAAAUCUCCGUCUACAUCGACCCGAACUACAUCUUCUUCUCCUUCUUCAACUAUCUCGGAAUCGAGCGAUUCUCCGCUUGCUAUCUCCACUCGAAAAUCUCGAACCCCUCGAAAGCGACCCAACCAAACUUACAAUGAAGCUGCCGCAAUGCUUUCGACAGCAUACCCAAAUCUCUUCCCCUCCGAAAGCCUAAAAAAACCAGGCAAGUUCACCAAAACAAUCGAUAACUUUGCGGAUGAAUCUUCAGAAUUGUUCUUCCCUUUCCAAAUAUUUGAUACCUCCUCUUUCCUACUUCAGCACCAACCAAUCCAACAGAAGCCUGUUAAAUUUCCAGUAGAGCCCAAAGCGGUUAAUCUGACAGAAAAAUCGUGCCAAAGUCCUGGGGAGAUUAGCUCCGGAGUAAAUACUCAAGAAUUCGACGAUGAUUGCCGAGAAGAUUUCGAUGCUGAAUCGAUUCUCGAUGAGGAAAUCGGGGAGGGAAUCGAUAGCAUCAUGGGCAGCAGGGCCGAAGAUUCCCAUGGCGCGUCUUGUCACGACGAACACGUGAAUCACCGGACUGCGGAUUCGACGGGAUUUAAUUUUGGCGGGAAAUUCGAUUUCCGGCUAAGAGCUCUCCGCGGGGUCGAUGAAGGGAAUUAUUGGUGGAGCUUUCCCGCUGUUGUCAACAUGCUCGAAAUCUCACCAGAAAUCAAAAAGCCUACUCCGGCAGCAUCAACUUCGCCGGAGAAGAAGAAAAAGAAGAAGACGAGGAAGGUGGAAAAGCUGACGACCAUCGAGUCAAAGAUUCCGGAGUUGCCGAAGGAGAGUUCGAUUCCGAAGGAGAAAUCAAAUCCUGGCUUGCUGUUGAAAUUGAAUUACAACGAGGUUCUUAAUGCUUGGUCUGACCGGAGUUCACCGUUCACCGGCGAAAGUCCCGCCUCUGAUGUGCACGGAAAUGAUGUCGCGGCACGGCUGGCACAAAUAGAUUUGUUGUGGGAGAGUGGAGAAGGAGGGGUGAUGAGGGAAGCCAGCGUGUUGCGCUACAAAGAAAAGCGACGGACCCGGCUCUUCUCUAAGAAGAUUAGAUAUCAAGUGAGGAAAGUCAACGCUGAUCAACGGCCCAGAACGCAGGGACGAUUUGCGAGGAGGCCCAAUUGUUGCUCUAACGCACAAAGCUCAAAGUGCAAAGGCAGUAAAGCAGGCCUUGCGUCCGAUCACUGUCGACCAUAAAAGAAAAAAGGCCCACAUUUUUUAUUUGUAUUAAUUUCCUUUUUCUUUUUUGUUGUUUCUCGUUUUAUUUCACAAGAGAAAAGCCCACGAAUAGAGUGGAGCUAUAUCAAACUUUUUGGCGGUUGGGUGAUUUGGGGUCUCACGAUAAAUAAACAUUGUGAUAUCUUUCAAUAAAAGAAAUGUCUUUAAUGAA